AUGGAAACUCAUGCCAUGAGGCGCGUGGUCCUGUUCCUGUGGCUCGCCUGCUGCGUGAGAGCGCACCACAUCCUCUGCGUACAGACCGUGCCCUCCAGGAGCCACCACACGCUCAUGAUGGGCAUCGCCAGGCCGCUCCUACACGCUGGACACCAGGUGACAAUGAUAACGACGUUCCCGGAGGAGAAGCCAAUGAAGAACCUCAGACACAUAGACGUGGGCCACAUACGGGACAUGGUGCCGAAUGUUGUGUUGACAGACACCUCAGGAUUCAGCCACAACUUCGUGAAGGAGUUCGCGAGGAACAUAUCUCGGAGUACGCUAGAGACGCCGGCAGUGAGAGAAGCUCUCAUCAAACAGAACUUCGACGCUGUGGUCACUGAGUGGUUCUUCUCGGAUUCUGAUGCUGGAUACGCAGCAGUCCAGCAGGCUCCAUGGAUUCUCCUCAGCGGUAUGCUGAUGCAGACCCAUCUGGAGAAUAUCAUUGACAGCGUCAGAUCAAUACCAACUAUUCCAACGUUUAUGAACGACGCGCCAAUACCCAUGAGCUUCUGGCAGCGCCUGGUCAACACUGGUUCUUAUGUCCUCAUGACUGGUGCUAACAUACUGGACCAAUCUAGGAUGGAAUCAAACUACGUAUCAGACUUCUCCGCUAUAUCUUCAGCCCGCGGAGUUCCUCUCCCGCCGUACAAGGAUGCUCUUUAUAACGUGUCCGUACUGCUAGUUAACUCUCACUCGUCCUUCGCUCCAGCCAGGAGUCUGCCGCCCAACGUGGUGGAUAUAGGGGGCUACCAUAUCGAUGAGAACAUUGCACCACUACCCAAGGAUCUCCAAGACCUUCUGGACUCGUCUAACAAAGGAGUCGUAUACUUCAGUAUGGGUUCCGUGUUGAAGUCAGCUCAAUUGCCGGAGAAGACUAAGAAGGGUCUUAUCAAAUUAUUCAGCGAGUUGCCUUACACGGUACUCUGGAAGUUUGAAGAGAAGAUUGAAGGUCUUCCCAAGAAUGUUCACGUCAGGCCCUGGAUGCCACAGUCCAGUAUCUUAGCUCAUCCAAAUGUACGAGUAUUUAUAACACACGGUGGUCUUCUAUCAACUCUGGAGUCUCUAUACCAUGGAGUUCCUCUCAUCGCGAUCCCCGUGUUCGGAGACCAGCCUGGGAACGCCAAGCGAUGUGUAAGGGAGGGCAGAGCUCUGAUGGUCACUAUCGGUGAAGACAUGGCUCAAGAUUUGGAGAAAGCUCUUAAAGAGAUGCUCGGGAACGACAGUUAUUAUAAAAAAGCUAAGGAGCUAUCCAAACUAUUCCGGAGCCGUCCAGUGAAGCCUAACAAGCUGAUACAGCAUUAUGUGGAGUUAGCUAUUGAGAGUAAAGGAGCGUUCCACCUCCGUUCCAAGACACAUCUGUACAAGUGGUAUGAACUAUGGAUGCUGGAUCAGGUCGUGUUUGUGUUAGCAAUACUCGCGAUAGUGUUCAGUCUUCUCAAGAAGAUAGCUGGACUGUUCAUGACGAAACAGAAGAACAAGGGAAAGAAGGAAAAGAAGAAUUAA